AUGGAGCCCCUGCUGAAGCGCUUCCAACAGGUGUUUGCUAUCCUUUUUGCUAUUUAUGAGAUCAACGAGAAUCCAAAACUCUUACCCAAUGUUACCUUGGGGUUCCACAUCUAUGACAAUUUCAACGUUGAAAUGAUGAGCUUUGAUAUCAUCCUGAGGCUUUUGUCUUCACAAAAAGAAAGUUUCCCUAAUUUCAAGUGUGGGAAGAAACCUCAGAUUUCAGCAAUUGUCGGAGGGUUAGGAUCCGACACUUCCAUGCAGAUAGCCACCAUCUUAGGCCUUUAUAAGAUUCCCCAGCUCAGUUACAGUUCAGUUCACCCAGCACUAAAGGAUAAACCUCAGUUCCCUUUUUUAUACCAAAUGGUUCCAAAUGAAGUCUCUCAGGACGAAGGAAUAGUGCACUUGAUAAGGUAUUUUGGAUGGACAUGGGUUGGACUCAUUGUCUCCGAUGAUGACAAUGGAGCUGAGUUUGCACUACGCUUGAAAUCAGUGUUCAGUAGGAAUUACAUCUGCAUAGCUUUCACAGAAAAGGCACCACAAGUCGCUUUCAGUGGAAUGGAUGAAUAUGGAUAUAAGUUUUAUUAUAAAAAAGAGGAUUUGUUUGCCCUUAGCAUGACCACAGCCAAUGUUAUCAUUGCAUAUGGAGACACUUAUGCCAUGCAAGUUUUUCAGUUAACGUUAUAUCUACAUCAACCAUUCAAGAAGACACCCUUAGAGAAAGUUUGGAUCAUCCCAGCUCAGUGGGACUUGACCUCAACCUUUUUUCUUAAAGAGUGGGAUUUCAAAAUCUUCCAUGGUUCCUUGUCCAUGGCAAUCCAUAGGCAGCAGGUACCAGGAUUCUGGAGCUUUCUCCAGAACUUCAAUCCUUACCAGCACCAAAAUGACCUUUUUAUCCAACAACUCUGUGCUGGAGAUGAAAUAUAUUUCAAUGAAAACUUGGAAUCAUCCAUUGGAUAUGAUAUUCUUAACAUGGUUACUUUCCCCAACAAUUCUUUCACCAAAGUAGAAGUUGGAACAGUAGUUUCUCAUGCUUCCUCAGAUCAAAGAGUUUACAUGAAGGAACGUGACAUUAUAUGGCCCAACAAAUUCAACCUGACAGUACCCCAUUCUUUAUGUAGUGAAAUAUGCCAUCUUGGAUAUCACAGAAAAGUCCGUGAAGGAGAACAGUCUUGCUGCUAUGAUUGUUUCAAAUGUGCAGAUGGGACAAUUUCAAACCAAGUAGAUGCAGAUAAGUGUGAAAAAUGUCCGGAAGAUGAACAUCCAAACAACAAUAAAAACAGAUGUAUUUCUAAAGUCAUAACUUGUCUAGUCUAUGAUGACAUUUUAGGAAUCAAUUUGGCUUCUGUGGCAGUCUCUUUUGCACUGUUCACAGCUCUGGUGCUUGGAACCUUCAUCAAACACCAGAAUACCCCCAUUGUCAAAGCCAACAAUCGGGACCUUACCUACCUUCUGCUGAUCUCCCUUUUGCUCUGCUUCCUUUGCUCCUUGCUGUUCAUUGGACGACCCAGCAAGGUGACCUGCCUUCUUCGACAAGCUACCUUUGGAAACAUAUUCUCUCUUGCACUUUCCUGUGUCCUGGCUAAGACCAUCAUUGUGGUUGUGGCAUUUAUGGCCACGAGGCCUGGAAGCAAGAUGAGGAAAUGGGUGGGCAAAAGACUAUCCAACUAUUUUAUCCUUUUUGGCUCUCUUGUUCAAGUUGGCAUCUGUUCUUUCUGGCUCUUCACUUCUCCCCCAUUCCCGGACCUCGAUAUGAUCACACAGCCUGAGGAGAUUGUGUUGCAAUGUAAUGAAGGCUCAGAUGCCAUGUUUUACACGGUCCUGGGUUACAUGGGCUUUCAGGCCAGUGUCAGCUUCACGGUGGCCUUCCUAGCCAGGAAACUGCCUGACAGUUUCAAUGAAGCCAAGUUUAUCACCUUCAGCAUGUUGGUCUUCUGCAGUGUCUGGAUUUCUUUCAUUCCAGCCUAUCUAAGUACCAAAGGCAAAUACAUGGUGGCUGUGGAGAUCUUCUCCAUUCUGGCCUCAAGUGCUGGGUUGCUGGGUUGCAUAUUUCUCCCUAAAAUGUAUAUCAUUAUUUUGAAGCCAGAAAUGAACACUAGGGACCAAUUCUUUAGGAAAAAAGAAUUUCAUUAG